CUCCAUUCUCGUCAACGGCUCCCGUUGCCCUCACCGUUUGGCUCCCAAAGUUGCUUAACUAAGGCUCCACUGCAAUUCUUUCUCAAUCUCACAGGCAUCAUAUGUGAUUGGCUGAUUCGCGAUCUCCUGCGGAAGGAUUGCUGGUUCCCGAAUUUCUGAUUUUCUAUCGCUUGCCGGUUCCCUACCGCAACCUAAGGUAAAUAGCCAUGGGCCUAACUCCAAGACUAAGUCCGUUUCCUGACGUCUAUCUCAUAAAUUUCCCUUCACCCUCCCAUUUUUCUCUCUUAUGAUUCCUUUUAUUGGGAAGUUCAUCAAAGCAAAGUGAAAACUACGCUUUACAAGAUGUUCUACACCAAGUCGGACCGCAUGUUCACUGAGAACGCAGAGGGCCGCGAAGGAACUCGUGUUCCUCUGCAUAAUGUUGACAACAAUGGAGAACGUCCUCAUCAACCCGAAGAGGCGUCCGGGUCAUCGACAGGUGUAGAUACUCCUGCUGGCGAAGGAACCUGGGGCGAGAGGGACAUUGGUGGACCAGUCAACCUUCGAAAUGCAAUGAUUGAUUUCGAGGAGAUGAGGAAAGAAUUAUCCCAUCUUUCGAAAUCAAGAACGUCGAAGUCGGAUUCGAGACGACCGGGAACCUCUGGCUUGAGGAAGGUCGCGAGUGCUGGGAGUCGUGCAAGUCGACGCCGGUCGAGAACUCACAGUAAUGCUACUGCGCCAAGGGACCCCGAUCUCGAGGCUCAAGACGAUGAGAAGCCCGCUGAGGAGGAGGAAGAGGAUUUCGAAUUGGGGGACUUCUUGCAGGACGGCCAUUUUGAGAAGAGACAGGAGGGAAGGUCUGCGAAAAAGGUUGGAGUCGUUUAUAAGAAUCUCACAGUGCAAGGUGUUGGUGCCACAACGACCUUUGUCAAGACUCUGCCCUCUUCUGUUAUUGGGACAUUUGGACCAGACCUGUAUAAAAUCCUGUCAAGAUUCAUCCCUUUCCUCUCACAGCCAGGUUCCCACGGCCAAAAACGACAUCUAAUCAACGACUUCACCGGUGUUGUUCGAGAUGGAGAAAUGCUAUUAGUUCUUGGUAGGCCAGGAAGCGGAUGUAGCACUUUCCUCAAGGCCGUGGCCAACAAACGUGGAGCUUUUGCUGGUGUUGAAGGAGAGGUCUCCUACGGUGGUAUCUCUGCCAAGGAACAAGCGAAGCAUUAUAGAGGAGAGGUUAACUACAAUGAGGAGGAUGAUCAGCAUUUUCCUACACUGACGGUGGAGCAAACACUCAAUUUCUCAUUGUUGAACAAAACAAAAAAGCACCAGAAAGGUGACAUCCCAGUCAUAAUCAGCGCUCUCCUGAAGAUGUUCGGAAUUACACACACUCGUCAUACUCUUGUUGGAGAUGCAUUUGUCCGUGGUAUAUCGGGAGGUGAAAGAAAACGAGUGUCCAUUGCAGAAACUCUUGCCACAAAAUCCACAGUCGUAGCAUGGGAUAACAGCACACGAGGUCUCGACGCUUCAACUGCGCUUGAUUACGCCAAUUCCCUCCGAGUUAUGACCGAUAUCUCCAACAGAACAACCCUGGUCACGCUGUACCAAGCGGGAGAAGGAAUUUACGAAUUGAUGGACAAGGUCUUGGUCAUUGAUGAAGGUAGAAUGAUCUACCAAGGCCCAGCAAAUCAAGCUCGAGCCUACUUUCACAACCUUGGAUAUUACGCUCCCGAUAGGCAGACGACUGCGGAUUUCUUGACCGCCUGCACAGAUCCGACCGAGAGAAGGUUUAGGGAUGAUUUCGAAGGACCGAUUCCCAAAGGCCCCAUUGAGUUAGAGAAGGCUUACCGAGAAAGCGAGGCAUACAAGAAUGUCCUGAAAGACGUGGAAGAUUACGAGAGGAUGUUACGAGAGACGGAUCAUGCUGAUGCCAGAGAAUUCAAACAGUCGGUCCAAGAGGGCAAGUCGAAGACUGUUUCGAAGCGUUCGUCAUAUACCGUCUCCUUCGUUCGACAAGUUCUCGCAUGCACCAAACGUGAGUUCUGGCUCACAUGGGGUGACAAGACGACUCUCUAUACCAAAUUCUUCAUCAUUUUCUCGAACGCCUUGAUCGUGGGAUCUUUGUUCUAUGGUCAAUCGAAGAAUACAGAAGGUGCAUUCUCCCGAGGAGGCAGUCUCUUUUUCUCGAUUCUCUUCCUGGGCUGGCUCCAAUUGUCCGAAUUGAUGAAGGCUGUAUCCGGUCGAACAGUCACCACCAGACACAACGAUUAUGCAUUCUAUCGUCCCUCGGCUGUGGUAAUUGCGAGGGUCCUACAAGACUUUCCGUUGAUACUGGCUCAAGUCAUUCCAUUUUCAAUCAUCAUGUACUUCUUGACAGAGCUGGACGUCAACGUCAGCAAAUUCUGGAUCUACUUCCUUUUCAUCUACGUCAACACGAUUUGCAUUACAGCUCUCUAUCGAAUGUUUGCAGCAAUCUCUCCAACGAUCGAUGACGCAGUUCGAUUCUCUGGUAUUGCUCUCAACCUCUUGAUCAUCUACACAGGAUACGUGAUCCCUCGACCACAGUUGUUGGAGAAAUAUAUUUGGUUCGGCUGGCUUUAUUGGGUCAAUCCAAUCUCGUACAGUUUCGAAGCCGUCAUUACAGACGAAUUUUAUGACCGAACUCUGGCAUGCGCUCCCUCUGAAGUUGUCCCCAGCGGUCCUGGAUAUGAUAACCCAGCAUACCAAGGCUGUGCCUUUACUGGCGCAGAGACAGGAUCACUCAACAUCCCUGGUGCAACAUAUCUGGAGGUAGCAUACAACUACUCUCGCAGUCACUUGUGGAGAAACUUCGGAGUCGUAAUCGCCUUUACUGUACUGUACAUUCUCAUCACCAUGAUUGCCACCGAACUGUUCGAUUUCACAUCAGGAGGUGGUGGUGCUCUCGAAUUCAAGAAAUCCAAAGCUUCUAAGCAGAAAGUCAAGGCUGCUACCGCACCAGCCGACGAGGAGAAGGGAGUCAAGCCGCAACCAUCAAGUGGAGGUACUUGGGAAACUAGUCAGACCCUCGAUGGACCAGGAGAAGAGGAGGCACUUCAGGAGAUUUCCGGUUCCGAAAGUAUCUUUACUUGGGAAGAUGUCCAGUACACGGUGCCAUACAUGGGCGGCGAGAGAAAACUUUUGAAUAAUGUAAAUGGAUAUGCGAAACCUGGUGUUAUGGUUGCUCUCAUGGGAGCUUCAGGCGCCGGCAAGACUACUUUAUUGAACACGCUUUCGCAGAGACAGAAGAUGGGAGUUGUGGCUGGUGAUAUGCUUGUCGAUGGCAAACCACUCGGUCCGGAGUUUCAAAGAGGUACUGGAUUCUGUGAACAGAUGGAUCUUCACGACGGCACCGCAACAAUUCGUGAAGCUCUUGAGUUUUCUGCUAUCCUCCGACAAGAUCGCCAUAUCCCAAGAUCCGAGAAAAUUGCCUAUGUCGACAAGAUCAUUGAUCUUUUGGAGCUCCGCGACAUGCAAGAUGCUCUCGUCCGGUGUCUGGGAGUCGAACAGCGCAAACGUGUCACAAUUGGUGUUGAGUUGGCGGCUAAGCCGAAUCUCUUGCUCUUUUUGGACGAGCCUACAUCUGGUUUGGACUCUCAGUCUGCUUAUAGCAUUGUUCGAUUCCUUAAGAAAUUGGCAAAUGCUGGGCAAGCUAUCGUUUGUACGAUUCAUCAGCCUUCGUCCGUUCUUAUUCAGCAGUUUGAUAUGAUUCUUGCUCUUAAUCCUGGUGGAAACACCUUCUACUUCGGUCCUGUCGGUGACAACGGCUCCGCUGUUAUCAAGUACUUCGCCGACCGAGGGGUUAAAUGCCCACCCAACAAGAACGUCGCUGAAUUCAUCCUCGAAACGGCGGCCAAAGGAGGAAAACGCAAAGAUGGCAAGAAACUAAACUGGAACGAAGAAUGGGCUAACUCAGAAGAAAACAAAGCCAUGAAAGAAGAGAUCCAACGCAUCAAAGCUGAUCGAAGUAAAGUCCAACGACCGGAGAAUGUUGAGGAGUAUGAAUUCGCCUCUCCAGUCGCUCUUCAAACAACAGAACUUACGAAGAGACUGUUCAUCCAGUAUUGGCGUGAUCCUUCUUAUCUUUAUGGAAAAUUGUUUACAUCGGUUAUCGUGGGUAUUUUCAACGGAUUUACAUUCUGGCAAUUGGGCUAUAGUAUUGCGGAUAUGCAGGAUAGGAUGUUCACUUCGUUCUUGAUCUUGCUCAUCCCGCCCACUAUCGUCAAUGCAGUCGUCCCAAAGUUCUACCAGAACAGAGCACUUUGGGAAGCUAGAGAACUGCCUUCGAGAAUCUACGGAUGGGUGGCUUUCUGUACCGCCAACGUGGUGGCCGAGAUUCCCAUUGCGAUCCUGGGAGCUACGAUCUAUUGGGCGUUAUGGUACUGGCCCACCGGUCUCCCAAGCGAUGCCUCUACAUCCGGCUACGUCUUCCUAAUGACUAUGCUCUUCUUCCUAUUUCAAGCCUCCUGGGGCCAAUGGAUCUGCGCUUUCGCGCCCUCCUUCACAGUAAUCUCCAACGUCCUCCCCUUCUUCUUCGUCAUGUUCUCCCUCUUCAACGGCGUCGUGCGUCCCUACUCCCAGCUCUCCGUCUUCUGGCGCUACUGGAUCUACUACCUCAACCCAUCCACCUACUGGAUCGGCGGCGUCCUCGCCGCGACCCUGAACAACACGCCCGUUAUCUGCGCCGCCGAAGAAGCUGCGUACUUUAAUCCUCCUCCAGGCCAAACGUGCCAGAGCUACGCUGCUGCGUUUCUGCAGACUGCGACAGGAUACCUGACGAAUCCAGAUGCAACGACUGAUUGUGGGUACUGCCAGUAUAGCUCGGGGACGGAGUAUAUGGCGACGCUGAAUAUUAGUCCGAAGGAUAAGUGGGGGUAUUUUGGGAUCUUUUUGGGGUUUUGUGUUAGUAAUUGGGCGUUGGUGUAUUUUUUUAUUUAUACGGUGAGGAUACGGGGUGGAGUUUUGGGUUUGGGACGUUGUUUGGGGGGUUGGGAGCGUUGGUUGGGGUGGUGAAGAGAAUUGUGAAGGGGAAGGGUAGGAAUUGAGGAGAGGUUGAGAGGUUGAUGAAGGAAGCAUCAGGGAGGAAAGAGAACAGGAAGGGAGGAGGGCAGGGGUUUAGGUAUGAUAAGAUGAAAGUGGAUUGCUUGUCUUUGCGUUUAGCGUGGUGCUUGGCAAGAUUGGAUUCUCAGCAUGGUUCUCUGUUACAAUAGGAUUAAUAGAUCACUGAAACCAACUUCAUG